AUGUCGACCAACCGCGAUAGUGAGUCAUACCCCGCGUUGUUCCAAGUGCAGCAUGGCGACUAGGAUGCUGAACGUUGGUUUCUACUCUCUCUACCCGUCUCCAUCAAUGGCGAUCGCGUCCGGUUCGGCUGUCGUCAUCGCCCUUGCGCUCACCCCGGUCGGCCGCCACCUCGCCUCCCUCUCCACUCGCUGGCUGCACGCCCCUCCCCUCCCCAUUGCACAGCCUCCCCGGCGUUCCACAGUUUCGUGUUCAAGCUCAAACUUGCCGGCGCGAGCUCGCGUGAAGAGCACCGUCGUUAUGGCUUUGUCGGUGACUUGAGACAACCGGCCGUGUUCAGCGUGAGUCACCCAUUUCGACGUUCGUCUCGCUGAGCUGAUCGGGCCGUUGGCGAGCGCGCGGUGACUCGGGGUGAGACGCCCGGUUGGCUCGCGUGACUCGAUCCACCGCGACCGAGGGCUCGGGGCCGGCUUCGGCGAGCAGUCAAGAUAUGAUGACUUGGGCCAAACAUGCACACACCACCAAUAACACUGUUUGGGUUGUCAGAACUGAUCAAACAGACUGGUUUACAUCACAGGGGCUUUGCACUCGUACGACCCAGGUCUUCAAGCUUGCUCCGGGCAGCUUCCACCUCGCCACCAUCGACCGCCUCGGCCGUCAAGUCUCGGUCAACACCCACGACGAUUUCCUUCGUCACGUGUGCGAACCGACCUUGUCGUACCAGAACCUUAAUACGGUCAAGCUCGAUGCCAAGGGCCGCAUCGUUCUCCACUUUCAUGUCGUCCGGGUGCCUCAGCCCUCGGCAAACUCUGCCACGCAAGUCAAAGGCUCGGAGAAGCAGCCGCAGUCGCAGGAGCAGGCCGCUUCGACCGGUACGCUCGUCGAUGUCAGCGAGCCCGCCUCAACUUCCGAGAUCUCGGGUACGAUCGCGACGGGACUCUUGAUUGACGUCUCGUCUUCGGACUCUGCCGCGAACCCCGAGCAAACCCCGGCCGCUCGCUCAAGCACAUCGUCCCCACCCGCGGUGCCCGUCUCUGCAGUCGGUUCGGGUGCGCUUCCUCCUCCGACCCAUUAUCACCACUCGCACCCUCACGAGCACGGUCUACGCCGCCACAACGAGUUCUCGGCCAGCUGCCGCCCCAGUUACAACCCUUACACCUCGCCUGUCCGUCACCGCCACCAGCAUGGCUCCGGCAUGCCGGCGACGACCACGCCCAUGGUCAGCUAUGGCCCGACCGCGCAUGUCAGUGCCAUGAUUCAUCGGCUCGAGCGUCGUCGCCAACUCCACGAGCAAACGAUGCGCGAAUCUUCGUCUGCCGCGAGCUUUUCCCAAGCCCCUCCAGCGGCCUCGACCUCGGCGUUAGCAUCCGCUGAUGAGAAGACAGCCGAGCCGGCCAAGGCGAGCAACGGCUACACACCCGCGUAUGUGACGGAUGUUCCUAUCGCGGAGAAGGCCGAGACCGAAGCUGGGGCGUCAUCGGCCUCGCCCAAGUUGUCACCUCCCUCGUCGCCGGUCGCCGAGACUUGGACCGGCGUUAAGAACAUUAUCACGACCUUCGUGCGCGACUUCAACCGCCACUUCGCCGACAACAUGGGCGACGAGUUCCGCGAUUUCCGAUUCGCUUCUGUCCGACGGGAAGAGAACCGCUCUCGCGAUGCAAGCACUUCGUCCGACGAGGUGCCCAUCCACCUCGGUGUCUUCUGCGACGCGUGCCACACCACGAUCCAGGGCGUGCGUCACAAGUGCCUCCAUUGCUCCAACUAUGACAUGUGCGACGUCUGCGUUGUCACGCGUCGAGACCACCAUAAUGCUGGCCACACAUUCGCCCAGAUCGAGCGGCCCGGGGCGCCGCCUUGCGUCGUCUCUACCGCGCCUGCGGCGUCGACUUCUCAAGCCUCGCCUCCGCCGGAAGAGGUCGAGCGCAAGGCUGUGCACAGCAGCGUUGUUUGCGAUGUGUGUGACCACACGGUCAUCGGUGUUCGCCACAAGUGCCUCAGCUGCGGCAACUAUGACAUGUGCGAGGACUGCAUUGCCUCCCGCCGCGAUGCGCAUGACAUGUCGCACGUCUUUGCGCAAAUCGUCCGACCCGGCGCUGCACCUGCAGUCGUGACCGUUCGAUCCGAGUCGACGGCCAAGGCCCCUCCAUCCUCCUCGGUCUACAACGCCGAUGCGCAACACCCUGCGACAUGUGACCGAUGCCAAGGUUCUAUUCGAGGCGUGCGCUUCAAGUGCUUGCAGUGCCCCGACUGGGAUGCCUGCUCAGCGUGCCACGAUAGCCACAAGCUCAACGACGUGCACCCUGGUCACUCGUUCGUUCCCAUCUAUGACCCCAAGCUGUUCGCUACCAGAUACAACGGUGUCACUCCUGCCCACCACGAAGGGAUCGCUUGCGACGCUUGUGAUGUGGGUCCCAUCGUCGGUGCGAGAUACCGCUGCAUGCACCCCGACUGCAACAAGGGUGACUCGUACGAUCUCUGUGCGACCUGCGAAGCCGAUCCCAUCGCUCGCCACCCCAUCGACCAUCCUCUACUUAAAUUGAGAGCGCCUAUGGGCCCCACUCCCGAAAACCACCGAGUCGUCAAGGACAUCAUUGAGCUCGUGCAGCGUCACCUCUCCGCCUCGUCGAAUGCCAACGCCCCAAUCUCGACUCCGAGGGCGAACCCUGCUUCCCCGGAGGAAGUGCCGAUCGCCGUCGCUGCCAUCGGCAAGGUCGUAGCGAACGUCAUGCGUAAGUGGGGAAUCGAAGUCGCCGACGAGUUGCCCACGACUUUGCUCGAUGGACCGGGCCCCGAGGAGGACGCGGCUGCAUCGUCCGAGGAUGAGGCUGUCGAAGCUCCUGAGGAGUCGUCGGCGCCGAUGGCGAUGAGCCAAGUCGACAUGGCUGGAGCCUAUCCAAUUCAGACGCCUGUCGCUGAGGCGGAAGAGGUCGCCGAAAAGGAAAUCACAAUCGAGCCUUCGAACGAGCAACCCGUGGAAAAAUCUGAGGAGGUCGCGCCCAUCGCUGAGGAGGAGCAAGUCAAGGUCGCCAACGCCACCUUGGCGGAUGAAACGCUUCGCGCAUCGUUUGUUGCGGAUGUCACCCUCUCCGAUGGCUCGCUCGUGCCCUCCGGCGCCAUGUUCACCAAGAUCUGGCACGUCAUGAACUCGGGCAACGUCGCCUGGCCUGCCUCGGCUCGCCUCGUCAACGUUGGUGGUUUCACUCGCAUGCGUUCGUCGACCUUCUCAGCGGCGCUCGAGUUCUCCGUGCCCCCCGCCCAACCCGGGGAGACCGUCGAGCUCUCGUGCGAGCUCCAAGCCCCUGAAGACGAGGGCAAGUACAUGGACCAUUGGCGCCUCCGCGACCAAGCGACGCAAGACUUCUUUGGUGAUCGAUUCUGGGUCGCUAUCGUCGUCGAAUCGGCGCAUGCUUCGUCCGAGAACUCGUUGACGAGCAGCUCCUUCAUCGCCCCUACUCCGGAGACGAACAGGGCCAGUACAGAAAUGGACACGCGCUCGACCGUCUCGUCCGUGUCUUCCGAUGAGCUGUCGAACCCCGAAGAGGACGAGGAGUUCAUCCAUGCCGGCGUGUCGUCCGAUGAAGAUGUCUCUAGUGAUGAGCAUGACGUCGAGUCGGUCGUUGACGAGGACGAGGAAUUCGUUGUUCUUUCGGAUGAGGACUUUGAAGCCUAG